AUAAUCUCUUUUGAGCUGGGUUCAUUUCUCCUGCUGGUUUACCUUUAAACCAGCACACCCUGGAGAAGGGACCCCCUGGGACCUCUGAAACCCUUGGCAUUCCUAAGUGGGACCCUGGAGAGGGGGCAAUCCCAGAACCCCAAAGUGGGGAAACCACAGAGGCACAGAGGCUUGGGAUUCCCGGGACCCCCUGGCAGCUUGGAGAGGGUGGUGACCCCAGAGAGGGGGAACCCCCAAUACAUGUGGGACCCCCAGCAGCCCGGACAGGGGGGACCCCUAGAACCCCAAAGUGGAGAGACCAGAGAGGGGGAUCUCCUGGGAGGGUUUUUUGGGGCUGAAUGUUGGUAUUUUGGAGGUUUUUACAGUCGCAAGAUGCUUGGUGGCUUUUAGAUAUGGACUUGGACUGGAGGAACCCCCAACCCAAUGUGCUCACACCUUGUUUUUGCUCCUCAAAACAGGAUUUCUCCUUCCUUGGCCAGAUGGAGGAGGAGGAGGCUACAAGGAAGAGGAAGAUGCUGCAGGACACUCAGGCAGGCCCUGAGCUGAGGACAGAGAGCCCAGAGGACAAAUCCCCCCAUCAGAACCUGGUGGGAGAGGCUGUUUUGAAGGGCUCCACGGCGCAGGAAGGCAGCGGGGAGGAAAAGUCCCGGACAUUCCCCAGGAGGGGGGACUCCAAAGCCAGCCCAGGGUGCUUCGAGGAGGAAAGACUCACCCUGUCCUGGGAAGGCGGCCAGAGCUUGAGCCAGAGCUCUGACCUGGUGGUCCCUGAGCAGUUUCACACUCAGGAAAAGCCCUACAAGUGCUUGGAAUGUGGGAAGAGCUUCAGAUGGAACUCCCACCUCCUCACCCACCAGCGCAUCCACACUGGGGAACGGCCCUACACGUGUGGGGAAUGUGGGAAGAGCUUCAGGCACAGCUCCCACCUCAUCACCCAUCAGAAUUUCCACAGCGGGGAACGGCCCUACACGUGUGGGGAAUGUGGGAGAAGCUUCAGCCGGAACUCUGACCUGAUCUGCCACCAGAAGAUCCACACUGGGGAACGGCCCUACAAGUGCUUGGAAUGUGGGAAGAGCUUCAGCAAGAGCACUGCCCUCCUCACCCACCAGCACCUGCACACAGGGGAGCAGCCCUACACAUGUGGGGAGUGUGGGAAGAGCUUCAGCCAGAGCUCCAACCUCAUCACCCACCAGCGUGUCCACACUGGGGAAAGGCCCUACACGUGUGGGGAAUGUGGGAAAAGCUUCAGCCAGAGCUCCAGCCUGGCCUGCCACCAAAAGAUCCACACUGGAGAACGGCCCUACAAGUGCUUGGAAUGCGGGAAAAGCUUCAGCAAGAGCUCCCACCUGAUUCGCCACCAGCAGAUCCACACGGGGGAACGGCCCUACAAGUGCUUGGAGUGUGGGAAGAGCUUCAACGUCAGCUCCAACCUGAUGCGCCACCAGCAGAUCCACAUCGGGCAGCAGUCCUAAAAGUGUGGGGCGUGUGGGACGACCUUCAGUGGCAGCUGCACCUUCCUCACCCACCAGUGCAUCCACACCAAGGAGAGGCCCUACACAUGUGGGGAGCAUGGGAGGAGCUUCGUCCGCUGCUCCAACUCCAUCACCCACCGGAGGUCCCGUGUUAGGAAGAGACCUGGUGACCCACGUUCUGGGUGAUCCAUGGUGGGCACAGCCCUAGUGAUCCGUGUUCCCAGUGGUCCAUGCUGGGCAGUGUACUGGGUUUUGGUAGCAGGGGGGACUCCAGGGGUGGGUUCUGUGAGCAGCUGCCAGAAGCUUCCCCCAUGUCUGGCAUCUGUUCUGACCCAUCCUGAAGGUGAGGGUGACCCAGGUUCUCAUUUAUGGAUUCCUUGGGGCAGAUUAGAGUGAAAGGGCAUCAAAUGAUGGCUGUUUAUAAAUAUAUAUGUGUAGGGUUUAUUUUAGAACAAUUUGGAUGCCAUGUAAAGCAGGUUUGGAGCCAUUUUGGUUCUUAUCUCUA